AUGUCUGAUGCACCGAAAUCAACAAGAAAACAUAAACGACGUGAUCGUUCAAAAACAAAUAGUGGCGUGCUACCAGUACGAAUUCCAAAUUGUAAUAAACGUCCUUUAGACGAAAUUCAUAGUUGUAAUUCUUCGAGAGUCAAACGACGGGCUCUAUCAGCAACAACGGCCGGAAGUGAAAAUCAAGUUUGUUCGAUUGUUUUUUUUAAUGAUCGGGAAGAUUUUAAACAAAUAACAACAAACGAUUAUUUUUGUGACAAACCGAAGCCGGCAACAAAAUUUGAAACUAGUUUACCGAAUGAAAUUCUUUUUGAAAUAUUUAAAUAUUUAUCUCAAUCAGAUGUUUUCUAUGCUUUUCUAAAUCUUAAUCAACGGUUCAAUCAACUUCUUCAACCAUUCACACAUCAUAUUGACUGUUCGAAAUUAUCAAUUAAACAAUUUGAACACAUUCGAAAUCAUCUUGGCAAUGCUAAAUCGUUGACAUUAAAUAAUCAGUAUGCAAUCAAACAAGUGUUUCGCAUCGAUUUAAAUGUGUUUCGUUUUCCAUUAUUGGAACAUAUCUCUUUAAUUGAUCCGACAAUCGAUGAAAUCAAUCUUGUUUUUUCAAAACUUAAACAUAUGUCUAUUCGAACAUUACAUAUACGUAUUCAACGGCCAUCGUCAUCAACAAGUGAAACAACCUAUAAAAGUUGUUUACAACAUCAUCUCUUUGGUUCAACACAAAUCAAAACACUAGAAUCAAUUUCAGUCGAAAUGCAUAAUAAUGAUUAUUUGCAAUUUGUUGAUAAAACUGAUAUACCUACAAAUUAUGAUCAUUUAAAACAGUUAACAAUUCCAUUGCGAUCAUUUGAUAGUCUAUUACUUCUUCUAGAACAUGUACCAAAUUUAAAAAAAUUAAGUGUAAAAUUAUUUGCUGACCAAGCCCCAUUGAAUGUACCGUUAUGUGGUAAACCGCCGAUAGAUUUAGUUGAUUUUGAAUUAGAUGUCACAGGCAGUGAAUUAACGUUUGAUCGGUUUGUUCUAUUAAUGACAAGUCGAAUACGAGCAGCGAAAUUAGAACGACUUGCUUAUUUCAAUCGUACAACAUUGGAUCAAAAUUAUUUCAAUGGACACCGUUGGGAAAUCUUUCUUGAAAAUUCAUUUCCACGUUUAAAGCAGCUUCAACUCUGUUUUGAUAUGCCACUGGAUGAUAUUCAAUUACGUCUAAAUCCAAUAAUUUCUUCAUUUUCAUCGUUUCAAUUGCAUUGGCCCAUAGGACAUAUGAUUUGGCGUCCGCAUUCAAAUAAAACACGUUUUAAAUUAUUUACAUUACCCUAUGCAUUUGAUACCUUAAAAUUAUCAACGUCGAAUUCACGUUUAUUCAAUAAUGUCAUCUAUGAAAAAAGUUUCAGUUCGGUCAGAAAAAUCGUUCUUGAUGCAACACAAGGUACCAUCAGUGAUAUUAGUCAACAAUUAAUUCAUUUAUUUAAACAAUACUGUUCGAAAACGCAUACAUUACAAAUACAAAAUAUUGUUUUACCAGUAAAUGAUGCAUUAAAUACUUGUUCGAAAUCAUUGAAUGUAUCAUUCCGUCAAAUGAAACAUCUCAUUGUAAAUGAAUGCGAUGGUCGAUUGUUUCCAUUAAUAUUUUCGUUUGCACCAUGCUUAACAACAUUAACAGCUACAGGUCCGUUACUAUUAAAAUAUUUUCUUAAAAUUCCUUCGCCUAAUGCAGUUUACUUAACUAAUAUAAAAACGCUCGAAUUAAAUUGUAUGCAAAUCGAUCGACAAAAUCGUUUAAACCGUUUAUUAAACAAUCUACCGACAUUAUUUCCGUAUCUAGAACAUUUGACUAUUGAUAUUAAUCCAAAACUGUAUGCUGAUAUUAAAAUUAUUAAAACAAUUUUAGAUGUUUUCAUUGAUUUAAUUAGCUUAAAAAUUCAACGAACAAAUAAAUAUAUUUUAGAUAAGUACACACAAAAUGAUCGACAAGUACGAAAUUAUUUCGAAAUUCAUUCGCUACGUCUAAAUCAUUGUGACACAUAUGAAAUUAUUUGUAAAGAUAGUCAAUUCGAAAUAUGGUUAUAG